CCAGCCACGGGUUACACGAGACAUCUAGUGGUGCGACGCCAAAGCAAACCCAUCAACCACAGAAGACCCCUGACCCAAAAAGAAAGUCUACCUGGCAACUUCUGCAACUCAACUCAAUCAUUGUCCUGUGUGUGUGUAUGUGUUGGGCUCCUUCCCUCGAUCGUCUCCUUAUUAAAACCACAGUUUAGAUUGGCGUUGGAGUGUUUCCCCUGGAUUUCUCCCCCUUUUCUUCCCUCCUCUGACAUCCUCAACUUCUGAAGCUGCGAUGAAUUCGACCGGAUUCAACCAGACUGACCUGGGCGGGUUGUUCAACAAGACUGAGGACUUCUUCUGCUGCAACUUUUCCUCGGUGGUGACGGACCACGGCCUGGUGUCCACCGCGCCGGACGAGAGGAGCCUCUUCAUCAUGAGGGUGGUGCAGAUCGCCGUCAUGUGCGUGCUGUCCCUCACCGUGGUCUUCGGGAUCUUCUUCCUGGGAUGUAACCUGCUCAUCAAGUCCGAGGGGAUGAUCAACUUCCUGGUGACGGACCGGAGACCCUCCAAAGAGGUGGAAGCGGUCAUUGUCGGAGCGUACUGAUGGGGACUCGGGGGGGGGGUCAUGAAACUUUAAUGGCGCAGUGACUGGUGAUUGAUGGCGCCACUUACUGAGAACAGUGGAUGUUCAGACAGACGGACGUCUCUGGAUUUAUUUAAGAACUUCAGACGUGAAACGGUCACGUUAUGAGUGGGAUUUGAAUCCGCUGGUGACUGAGGUAAAGGUAUUAAAAGUGAGGCUAAACUGUGGAGCCAUAGCGCACCCUAAGGCAGUUUUUUUGUAAUCUAAGUAUUCACAAUCGCUGUGAUGUAUUUGAAGCAGUAGUUGAGGGGGGAUGUUUUUCACGAAAUUGCACAGGCGAUGGAGAAUGAAUGUGUUGCAUGUGUCUAUGAUUUGCAUGCCAAAUGCAGAAUUUUAAUCAAUGUAUGCGCUGUAAUCACAUUCCUAAUGAAAACGAACCGCUCAGUCAAUUAAGAUAGCCGUGCCUCUCUUUGCUGUACAUUCUUACUUUAAUUAAAGCAUUUUUGUCAAAAUUAACCUACUCUGUUUAUCCAUCUACUAAUUACGAUUAAGAAAUUGUACUCCCGGUUUUUUUCAAAGCACAUUUCGAGUAUAUUCUAAUUAGUCACACACUUUUGAAUUUCCAAAACAUUAAUUGCCACUCUAGAGAUUCGCACUGUUCUCAUCCAAUUAGGCCCGUUUCUCUGUUCCCAUCUCAAUUAGCAUGCAUUUUGUUGACGAGAAUUAUCCGGUUUAAGAUAUCAGCCAGGAUUCAUCCAGUAGGCCUAUGUAGCCUAAUACUGUUGUAAUCCAUCGGGUCAUACAAAGGGAGAAACUUCAUCUUAUUUAAUGCUGGUAUACAACUGGGAAUCAACUGUUAUAAACCCCCCACGACGCCAAUCUUUUUUGUGUCUCACACUUGCCCUAUAUACCUUUCAUUUCUGGCUUUGGAUUUGUUUCCAUAUAAUGAAUCCCUUAUCUCACAGUAUUGUUGCUGUUCAUAUUCUCCUCUCUCUCUGUGUUUCUGCUUUGGCUCACACUGCCUCCCGGGGUGAUGACGGAAGCUUCAAAUGACUUCCUAACCCGGGAGGAUAUAACGAUUGCCCGAUAUAUUCCUGUCUAAAACGGGCCCACCUGUGCACGGAAAAUAACACUCCAUUUAGAAAUAAAAAACGAUCCUGCACAUAAUACCCCCAAAACAGCCCCCUGACAAUUUCACACAUUAUUUUCCAUCCCUCCUCACUGUAUUCGGUGUUCGAGGGACAGAUCAAUGUGUUGUUUCCCAGAGCAUCGUAAACAUGGGCUGUUUCAGUCUGCUAAUUAAAGUGUGGUGGGCUGUGAUUGAUGCCAAGCCCAUUGCCUCGACUAUACGGAUUACCUCAGCCUUGUAUUCAUAGUCAUCAAUUCAAUUGAAUGGAUAGAACGCUGUCCCCAGAAAUAGCCUUCUUGAGUACCUAGGUGUAACCAGAUAGUUUAAAACGUAGUCUCUCUCUCUCUUUUAAACGUCCCCCUGCGUGUGUUCUGCAGAGUGAAGGGUUAACAACAGCACAUUGUGUUUUAAGAUGCCCCUGAUGCAUGACUGCAGCAGUAUGUGGCGGUCAUUGAAUCAAAGCCAUGCUGUGUUCAAAGGAUGUAAUGAAACAAUAUGUUUAUUGACGGACAUUAAAUUAUGUAAUGUACUUUUUUCA